GCAGGACUGUUAGAGACACAGAGAUGAGAAACAAACACAUGAAGGCAUGACGCACAGGAUCACAUUACGUUUAUUCCACAGAUUAUAACGUGAUUGCAGUCGUGAUGACUUCUUCAAACUGCAGAAAAUGUCGUUAUCCCUCUCAAAUGAUGUCAAGAUCAACAAAGUGGGAUGAGAUGGCCUUCGAUUCCUAUUUUAUAUUAUUCUGUUUAUAUGGGCUAACAGGUCCAACUCAUGACAUCUCCUGACUUUCAAAAAACAACCCCUACCAUUGAACUCUGUGGACCCAAGAUGCAGGCUCUACAGGUUCUCUCUCUGACUCUGCUGUCUAUUCUGGCCGCUAACGCCCAAACCUUACGCCCUGGAAAAUGCCCCCAACCUCCCGUCCAAGCUAACUUCGACGCCGCCAGGUAUCUGGGCAAGUGGUACGAGAUCAAGAAGCUCCCUGUCGUCUUCCAGAAGGGCGAGUGUACCACAGCUACCUACUCCCUGGAGAGCCCCGGAGUCGUUGGAGUGCUCAACAGGGAGCUGCUUGCUGAUAACACUGUCAGUGCUAUCACUGGCUAUGCUAAGGCCAGUGACCCCUCUGAGCCCGCCAAGCUGGAAGUCACCUUCUUCGAGGACUCUCCCCCCGGCAACUAUUGGGUUCUGUCCACUGACUACGAGGGCCACUCCUUGGUGUACGGCUGCACUGACAUCCUGGGCACCUUCCAUGCUGACUUUGCCUGGAUCCUGAGCAGAGAGUCCACCCUGUCCGAGGAGAAACUGGAGGAGCUGUACCACGUGUUCACCUCCAAUGGCAUCGACAUCGACGUGAUGACCGUCACCAACCAGAGCCAAGAGCUGUGCGCCAACAUGCCUCUGUGGGCCUAAGAGACCUGAUUCAGUCUACAACCAACGGAUGAUUUGGAUUCAUAACAUGGCAUGCACAUAGACUGCUGUACAACGUCCGAUGGUUGAUACCUGCAUGGUCGUUUUGCGAUUGGUCUGUAAAUGUUAUCUUAUGAGGAAAUGCAAUAAAAUUAUACUAGAAACAUU